CGCGGGAGACGCGGAGCCACACGCGCCCCUGACUCAAGUUUACAACAACAACAACCACCGACCAUCAUCGCGACUCUUGACGCGCUCAGCAGCGACACGACGCGAUGCCAAAGCGGCCCAAUCCGUUCGGAGACUGCGCGCCGCUCCAGUGGAAGACGCACGUGUCGCAGAAGCAGCUGAACGAGGGCGCGCAGUCCCGCCAGCGAAUGCAGGCCGUGUAUGAGCGCACCAAAAGCCUCCUCUUCGCCGGGGCACAGGCGGCGAGUGCGGAUCCUCCCCUGGCAUCCGCCGGGGGGGUCCCAGCGUCCCCGAGGGAGAAGGGACACUGCGCCGCGCCUGAUGAGAGUGGUGCCACUGUGCCGCGACCCGGGGAUGCUGCGACCCGGGGCCAGAUGUACCUGGGCAGCAGGGGGCAGCUUCUGCUCAAGCCGCCGGUCGACGCCCAACAGACAAGCACGCACCUCGUGUGCAGCACGUGCACGCGGACCGACGGGGUUCACGGCCGGUGCAGCCGAUGCGACCGCCGCGUGUGCCGGAACUGCUCUCAACUGUGCAUCGGCUGCGCAUCGACCUUCUGCACAGUGUGCUCUGCCGUCGACUAUAACAACCACUGCGAUGCUGUUUUCUGCUUCGACUGCCGGCAGUAGAAGAGACGACAAAUUGUACAAUUAUGAAAAUCCAUAUUGGAGGAACUUUUGAUAGUCGCCUUUAUUACGCCUUCUAACUUAGGCAGCCAUACACUUUAUUCCUAAAAGGAAUGCAAUAGCGUGUUCUGACAAAGGCUAAAUGUUAAAAUUAACUUGUUUUAUUCAAAGUGACGUAAAAUUCACGGGAUUAUGUGUAGGGACUAUAUAUUAAAUGCUACUUGUAAAUAUCGGCAUUGAAUAAAAGCUAUUUUUGUAUGUGCAUUAUGUUAGAUGAAGAUAAAACUCAAGGCACUGUUGUGGAGAAAUUAAAAUUGAGUCAUGUUGUGGACUGGUUGUUUGA